AUGGCUCUGAAAUACACAAUCGCUGACCUUUUGCGGUUAUCUGGCAAUCCUACUAUCACAAUGGGGCAAGACACUACCACCAAGAAGACCGUAUCCUCACCAUGCUACCAGUGUCCAACUUGCAAAUUGAAUACGUUCAAAUCAGGCAAAGCUCUCCGUGAACAUCAGAAGGUCCUGCAUAGUCAACCUUGUACUCGGUGCAAUAAGAACUUCAGCAGCGCGGAAGGAUUGGCGGCGCAUCCUCCUGUUCAGUCAACAGUCCCCAAACCACCACCUACGCCGACCACACUCCCUUGCCCCAGAUGCACCAAGAACUUCAGCAGCUCACAUAGUCUGGCUGAUCAUAUGCGGGACAAAAAUCACACUAAACAGACAGUGAAGACGACCAAACAGCCAACAAUUGUCGCAGCACAAGACAUAAACCAAACAGCAACAUUGCCAGCCCCACAGUCACAAAGUCCAACGCCGGACCCUCAUCCAGCGAACCCAGCACCAAAUAGACCAUCCAGUGACGCAGAAGAAGGUGAGACACCAAUCCGACCCUACAACCCCCAUAUUCCACAACUAACCGAGUCCAAAAUAGCACCAAGCAAGAAAUAUCCCAUCCACAACCAAUCCACAACCCUCCACCCCCUAGAACAAACCCUCCUCUUCAAAUACCUCCUAUCAAAACGUCACCCAAUCCCCCAUCUCAAACACCAAGGAUACGACAUCCCCGACGAGUCCAACACCACCCAGACAAAGCCCAGCACAUGUCUGUAUUCCGGAACGCCGCAUUCAACACACGCCUAUCCCAGUCCCCCACCAAAGCAUCCUCAAUGCAACAUCCGAAGAGCUCUAGUCCUCAACACAAGAGCCAAGAAACAAGACACCACCGAGGUCAUGGAGAACAUCUCGGUAAUUGACUUCUUGACCGGUGAAAUCUUAUUCACCGGCUCAUCGGAAGAAACACCCCGAACCGGGGAUGUGGAUGUAGAUGUAUCAGACAAUGGGAAGAAAUGGGCGCGCGACGUGCUGGCUGAAUAUAUGGACGAUCAGACUAUCUUGAUUGGACAUUGUUUGCAGGCCGAUCUGAAUGGGUUGGGAGUGGAAUUGGGGAUGGUUGCGGAUCGGGUGGUUGAUAUUGCUAUUCUUGUUGGCGAGGCGAUCUAUGGAUCGACGCUUGUUGCUCGGCCCGGGAUGAAGGGCUGGGGGUUGGGCGGGUUGGCGCGGAGUAUGCUUGGCUGGGAUAUGGAGGGGAUGGAAGGUGAGGGUUGUUUGGGGCCUGCGCUUGUUAUUAGGGAGGUUUUAAUUUGGUGUCUUGCUGAACCGGGUUGCUUGAGGGAGUGGGCUGAGGGGGUUAGGGUUGAGGGGAAGGGGAAGGGGAAGGAAGCGAAGGAUUUGGAGGUGGAGGGUGAAUUUGAGGACUUUGAUUAUGUUUGUAGAGAUGAUUUGGUGGAUUGA